AUGGCGAAAGAAGUGAUUGAAGAAGGACAUGCACACCACGAUGUAAAGGACUAUGAGGACCCACCACCAGCACCAUUCCUGGACAUGGGUGAGCUCAUGCUUUGGUCCUUUUACAGAGCCCUAAUUGCCGAGUUCGUCGCCACCCUGCUCUUCCUUUACGUCACCGUCGCCACCGUCAUCGGCCACAAGAAGCUCAACGCUGCCGACCAAUGCGACGGCGUUGGCAUUCUCGGCAUCGCUUGGGCCUUUGGUGGCAUGAUCUUUAUCCUCGUUUACUGCACCGCCGGCAUCUCAGGUGGUCACAUAAACCCGGCUGUGACUUUCGGGUUGUUCUUGGCGAGGAAGGUGUCGUUGAUCCGUGCAAUUAUGUACAUGAUUGCACAGUGUUUGGGUGCCAUCUGUGGAGUUGGGCUGGUGAAGGCCUUCAUGAAGAGCUACUACAACCGUCUAGGCGGCGGCGCUAACUUUGUGUCUCCUGGGUACAAUACCGGCACAGCUUUGGGUGCUGAAAUUAUCGGUACCUUUGUUCUUGUGUACACCGUCUUCUCCGCCACUGACCCCAAAAGAAGUGCACGUGACUCUCACGUCCCUGUUUUGGCUCCUCUUCCAAUUGGGUUUGCAGUUUUCAUGGUGCACUUAGCAACCAUCCCCAUCACUGGAACUGGUAUAAACCCUGCUAGGAGUUUUGGAGCCGCUGUGAUCUUCAACAAUGACAAAAUCUGGGAUGACCAUUGGAUUUUCUGGGUUGGACCAUUUGUGGGAGCAUUGGCAGCAGCAGCAUAUCAUCAGUACAUCUUGAGAGCUGCAGCUAUUAAGGCAAUUGGAUCAUUCCGCAGCAACCCCACAAACUGA